CCCGCCUUGCUCGGGGCCCUGACGCUGAAGCAGGUCGACCUGAGCAGGAGGCUGGAGCACCUGGAGAGCGCUCGGGCCCACUUCUGGCGCUUCCUCAAGCUCUGCAGGAGCUACGGGCUGGGCAGCUUCCACCUGCCCGCCGCCACUGCCAGCCCCCCAGGAGAGGAAGAUGCCAGGAGUCUGUCCCAGGGUGGCCCUGCUGCCGCCCAGCCCAGCCUGCUGGCCAUGGCGUCAAGUAGGCAAGCCAAAAUUGAAAGAUAUAAGCAGAAGAAGGAACUGGAAAACAGAUUGGCCUCUAUGAGAACCUUUGUAGAGAGCGGGCAAGCAGAUGAGGAUCAGAUACGGGAAUUUUAUAUACUACAAAUCCAGAAAUGGAUCAACACCAGCCUUGAGGAAAUUGAGAGCAUUGACCAAGAAAUGGUCAUCCUGAGGAGCAGAGGUGCAGCGAAACAGUCUUCAGCACCACCACACGGCACUUCUCGGCAAGUCAGGGCUCCAUUGAAACCUUUCAUUCUUACCCGGGAUGCUGCUCAGGCUAAAGUGUUUGGUGCUGGAUAUCCUGGCCUGCCUACUAUGACUGUGGAUGACUGGUAUGAGCAGCGCAGAAGGCAAGGGGUUGUGUCUGGUCAGAGUGUGCCUCAGAGAACACCAGCUGAUGAAGAGUUGCAGAAGCAACAGCAGGAGAAAAAGGAGGAGGAGGAGGAUGAGGAAGCUCUUCAAAAAGCUCGGGACUGGGAUGACUGGAAAGAUACGCACCCAAGAGGCUAUGGUAACCGGCAGAAUGUGGGCUGA